AUGGCCCAGCGAAUGCGAGCAGUACAGUAUACCUCGGUCCAGGGAGGGCUUGAGAAGAAUCUACGCUAUACCGAAGAUGCAUUGACUCCUCCCCACGAUGAACAAAUGCAACGCGGAGACCACAUUAUGGUCGAAGUCAUUUCUGCCUCCAUCAACCAACUGGAUUGGAAGACGGCCGAGACUCCUGUCAUCGGAAAAGCUUUGACUUACUCCCUUACUUCUUCCGCCAAAAUACCUGGCAUGGACUAUUGUGGAAGAAUCAAAUCAACGGGCUCUAUCAUUGAUAGCUUCAGCAUUGGCGAACUGGUCUAUGGACGCUUAACCAGACCCACAUCUUCAGGCACUCUGGCUCAAUAUGUCAAUAUCGAUCCCGGAACUUGUAUACCACUUCCAGAAGGAGUUAACCCAGACCAUGCUGCUACGCUUGGUAUUGCUGGAGAGACCGCUUAUCGUAGCAUCGUGCCAAAUGUGCACACGGGCGACAGGGUCUUCAUUAACGGAGGCUCGUCAGGCACAGGUACCUAUGGGAUUCAGAUUGCCAAACUUUUGGGCUGUCAUGUCACCGUGUCCUGCUCAACAUCGACCAUCGAACUUUGCAAAGAGCUUGGUGCAGACGAGGUUUUCGACUAUACAAAAUCUGAAGAUCUGAUUGCCGAUUUAAUUGAGAUUGGCAAGACAGAGCCCUUCGACCUUGUGGUAGACGAUGUUGGACAGCCUGAGGAUCUUUACAAAGAGUCACACUCCUACCUCAAGCCAGAGGGUAAAUUCAUCUCGAUCGGUAGUAAGAACGACAUUGUCUCACUGGCAGCACGUACGCUUCCGACGUUCUUGGGUGGUGGCAGGCGCAGGUCGGAGCAGGUCCACGUUUUGCUUGGAUCACAUCGGGAUGAUUUGGUGCAGCUUGGAAGAUGGAUGGCUGAGGGCAAGAUCAAGGCUGUCAUUGACUCAACUUAUCCUCUGGCAGAUGCAGCAGAGGCGUAUGCAAAGUUGAAGGGUGGUCAUACGCAUGGAAAGAUUGUGAUUCGGGUGGGUGCGAAGAAAUGA